AUGAAGACCCUAAACUCCGACAUCAGCCCCUGUUCUCAAAUAGUCAAUGGUCGUCUCCUCGGGUUCGUCGAUUAUAAUGCGCUGACUCUCGAGGGUCUUCUCCAGCCCCAGAAGUCCGCGGUGGCUUACGGCGGCGGGACCACUCCGGGCACGUUCGCCCGUAAGCCUUUGGAACUGUAG